GCAACGCCGGAUCGUUAACCCACUGAGCAAGGGCAGGGACGGAACCCGCAACCUCAUGGUUCCUAGUCGGAUUCGUUAACCACUGCGCCACGACGGGAACUCCUGUCUCCAAAUCUUGACUGCUGUUUUCGGUCUCCCUCACAGCUCCUCUUUUUUUUUUUAUCUACUCCCUCAAAGUCCCCCAGCAUCCACCUCCUGACUCAUUGCCCUUUUCACUACAUUAUUUUCCCUGGAAGAUUUCAGAAACUAUCAGAACAUUUCCAUCUUUUUGUUCAUACCUCCAUGUAAACGUGCUCCCCCUCUUACAAGUCCCCAUCUUCAUUAAGUGGGCAUCUGCUCAGUUACUAAACCAGAAAACUAGAACUGAUCCUACCCUUGAUCCUCUAUAACUGAGGUUUUCUUGACGACCACGCCACUGAUAUUUCAGGCUGGGAGGUGUCCUGUGUAUUAUAGGAUGUUUAACAGCACCCCUGGCUUCUAGAUGCUAGAUGCUAGUAGUUGAUUCCUGACCUCUGCCAAGUCGUGACAACCAAGAGUAUCUUCAGACAUUGCCAAAUGCCCCCUGGGAGGGAAGGAAUCGCCCUGGCUGAGAACUGCAUCAUCCAGUCCUACUGAUUCAACCAUAAUAUUUAUCCUCUCCGUUCCAUUUCUUACCAUUAACUUUAUUAAACUCCACAUCAUUUUAUGUCUGGAUUUCUCCAACUGCCUCUUAACUGGUUGUGGCAAGUUGACUGACCUAAUAGUUUCUUCGCCCAAAUUUUCAUUAUCACCUUCCACUAAAGAAAAACUCAUUCUCAGGUUCCCUCUGCGUGGCCAGGUGACACCACUUAGCAUGGCAAAUCAGGUUUGUGAAAAGCAUGACAGCUGAAAGAGCAAAGGUUCUAAGGCUUCAGAAUCAUCCAGCUUAAACUGUAUCUCAGCCUUAUCACUCUGGUAGUCAUGCAGCUUUAGGAAAGUUCCUUAAAUUUCUCUGUGCCCCUUCCUAACACUGGGAUAACAGUAACACCAACCUCAUAGGAUUAUUAUGGAGAUAAACGAGUUAAAAUGUAUAAAGUGUUUAGUACCAUAACUGGCUGAACGCACCCUGGACAAAUGGUGCCUCUGGUAUGGAAAGGCGGCAAUGAUGUGAUCUCUCUAUUCCUUGCUAAUCUCAAAGGUUACUACUUCACAUCCUAUGCCCAACUACUGUCCACUUAUUAAGACUCAGUUUAGGGAAGACUUCUGGAAGUUUUCUCACACUUUGCCCUCCAAAUUAUAAGCCCUUUCUCACAUUAUACCCUCCAAGUUACAAGGCCUUUCUCAGAUGUUACUUGUUUUUCUCCCUCACUAGGCUGUGAACUACAAGGCAGAGACCAGAUCUUUCUCUAUAUAGUCCCAGAGCCACAACAAGUGUGCAAUGUAUAUGGAAGGUUCUGGAAAGGUGUGUUGACUAAAUCAAUAUAAAUGAAUAAUAUUAGUAAUAUGCACCAACUUUGUCAAUAACUUCCCUCCUAUUUUGCAGCAGGUGGGGAGGGUAGACCCUUAAAAAUCUUUGGACAUACCAAGUGUAAAUGAAACACACAUCAGCCAGGUGAAUUUUCAAGAGGAAAUUUAUCUCACUAACCUGGCACUCCAGCCAGCUUUUAAGUAAAUAGAAACUAGGGACAAAAUCAUUCUUAGGGCAAAGAGUAAACCCAUACAUGUGAUCCCAAACUUUGCAGACAUCCUUUAAAAACCAUAUUCUAAAUAAAUGCAUCUAAAUUUACACAGGAGAGUGGCAGUGGGAAGUACGGGAAGUGCAAAUUGACACAGAAGUCACAGUUUCCAAAAUGAGUAGCUCUGAGGUUGCCUUGUGGUUUACGGAACUUUUAAGGACACACACCCUUUUCUCACCUUUAGAAAGUACAGUUUCUUUAGCCGACUGUUAACAAAUUGAAAAACACCCACAUUUCUAGAGGAAAAAAAAAAAAAGAAAAAAGAGCAACUCUAAUUCUAGAGGAAUUCAGUGUUCUUUUCCUGGUCUCUCUGAAGAGGCCUUAGUCACCUUUCAUUUGGUGGUGGCUUUCUUCCCAGAUUUUGCACCAAGCAUCUGCCAUCUGCUAUUUAAUCAACUCCAACUAAGAUCCUCUUUUCUAGACAAAAUGUAUUAGAUCCUCUUUUGUAGAUCAAAAUAUACUAGAUUGUCUCCUCUAGAGUGAUUCCUAAAUCAAAUCUUACUAAAAAGCAACUCAAAAUUAACUGCUGGAAAUGGAGACAUUUCUUAAAAAGUCUUCAGGAAAAACUCAUUUCCUUUUCCUCUUAAAAACAAACAAAACAGGGGCCACAUUCAAUACGCAAAACAACCCAUUCUCUAAGAUGCACCUUUUCCUCUGUACCACCACGGGUCUCAGUAACACGUGAGGCUCUCUCUCAUGACUACAGCCCUUUCAAGACACUAGUGACUCCCACUCACUUCUCCUGGAUGCCCCGAAGUGACAAUCACAAGGGAGACCCAGGGAUCGCCCAACAAUGUCUCUGGGUGCAGGCGUCCACGCACCCCGACCUCCCCAGGACAGCUCGGGCUCCCCAGCAAGGGCCGGGUCGGGCUGCUGGGAGGGGGCAAGCGCCUGCCUCCCGUGGCCUCCACGCCCGCCUCUCCGCCACACGUUCCCUCCCCUUGCCAAAGCUCGGACUCUCGGGGUUGCCCUUAUUGUUGGCCGCGUCUGUCACUUUGUGGGCCUAGUGACAUGAAUGGAUGGGCUGGACACACCUUCCAGCCUUCUGGGAAAAAAAAAGUCCAAAUCUGCAUGGAGAGCAGGAGGGACUCCUCCGGCGCCCCCAGAGCCUACGCCGCGGGCCAGGGGAGCGCACAGCUCCCCCCUCCCACACUCACUCCUCCCCUCCUUUAAAAAAAGGCCCAGCCCAAAUAAAUACUAUCUUUCCCAGCCGGCCGGCGUCCGGGGUGCCCUUGCCUCCUUUCUGGCCUGAGCGCGCUCCAGCGCUGUGGGAGGCGGCGCGCGGGGCCGGAGGCGGGCGUGCAGCGGACCCGGGCGCCGCACCAUGCUCCCCAGCGCCGUGGCGGCCCACGCCGGUGCCUACUGGGACGUGGUGGCUUCCUCCGCGUUCCUGAACUUCCCGGCCGCGCCGGGCUUCGGCAACUUGGGCAAGAGUUUUCUUAUCGAGAACUUGCUGCGUGCUGGGGGCGCCCCGCCGCACGGCCUGCCCCCGCCCCCGCCGCACGGCCCGGCUGCGGCUCUAGUCGCGGGCGCGCAGGUCCGGCCCCUGCCCGCUAGCCCCGUUCCCCUCAAGCUGUGCCCGGCGGCCGAGCAGGUCAGCCCUGGCGGGGCGCCCUACGGCACGCGAUGGGCAUUUCAAGUUCUCAGCCCCUCAGCGGACGGCGCCAGGCUGCCGGGCCGGGCUCCGGGGGACCGAGACUGUGCCUUCCAGCCGUCAGCCCCAGCGCCUUCCAAGCCCUUUUUUCUGAGCGCCCCUCCAUUCUACCCGGCGUGCUGCGGUGGGUCCUGUCGGCGCCCUGCAUCCCCCACUGCUUUUCCAAGAGAAGAGAGUGUGCUGCCUCUUCUGACCCAGGAAUCUAAUUCCAAAGCUCGAAGGGGUAUUUUAAGAAGAGCUGUCUUUUCUGAGGACCAGAGAAAGGCUUUGGAGAAAAUGUUUCAGAAGCAGAAAUAUAUCAGCAAAACAGACCGAAAGAAACUUGCCAUCAGCUUGGGACUAAAGGAAUCACAGAUGAGGAAAUGUAGAGGGCUACACAGAGGUCUGGUGUCACAGAAGGAAGCUGCUUUGGAGCUGGGCUCCCACCCUGGGCAUCCUGACUCUGGAGUUUGUGUUUCUUUAACCUGGAGCCACCAUGUACAGUUGUACAGAAUGUUUACUGCACAAAGGCACUUGGCUGAGGGGGAUGUCAGCAACUGAAAUGCAGCAGGUACUCUGCUUGUCAAACUGGCUUUCCUGGUCAGAGCUACAGCCCUCUGGAUUUUUUGAAUCAGCAUAAAGGCACUGAAGGGCUAACAGAGGCUGUGUCAACCACCAUGCUCUCCUGUACUUCCCUCAAUCCAAAUGACCUGGUUUCUAAUUUGGAUGCUAUUAAACCAGCUAUUUUUAGACAGAACCCUUCUUAACCUUGCUUCCUUUCCCUAGGGAAGCCAUCUGUCCCCCUACUCCCCAACUUUUUAUAGUCAUAGGAUGCAGUAUAAGGUGUGGUAGGGAAUAAUUGGCCUAGAUCAGCAGUCUGUGCUUUCCUUGUGUGUGGUACUUAUGAGCCCCUAACCUUAAUUAAUUGCUCUGGGCUCCAGUUUAUACCUAAAAAACAGGGACAGAUGUAGGAAUUCUGUUUGUGUCACAGAGCAAUUGUGUGUUCAUGAUAGACGAACCAGUAGCUAUAUCUUAAUGGUCUGUUAUGUGUAGGUCCAUUGUGUGUAUUGUAAGUAGGCAGUAAGAGGGAAUACUGAUAAGUACUGAUUAAGAUACACUCCUCAGGAGUUCCUGUUGUGGUUCAGCAGGAUAAGAACCUGACAUAGUCUCCAUGAGGAUGCAGGUUCAAUCCUUGGCCUCACUCAGUGGGUUGAGGAUCCAGCAUUGCCAUAAGGUGUG